UACGAAUAUCUCCUUACUCGCUGUCAAAGAUACCGAAUACUUCGAAAGGGAUCAUAAAAGCCACCAAUGGCGACGGCCACUACAGAAACAUCAAGCGCAUCGGCAGCAGAUCAGCCAACCGACAAUUUCGAGAGUCAACUUCAAGGGCUUCUGUCUCGAUGCAGAAACAUCGACUCGAAAUCCUUACCUCUGGUAUCAUCUGAUUCUGUCCCUUCAAUACCUAGUGCCCUCUCUAGGUAUAUCGGGGCGUUGAAACAGGCAGGCAAGGUCCCCGAAUCAGAGGCUUUAGCACAAGUACUUGAAAAAGUCAUCGACAGUCCGAACUUUGGGGGUCUAGGGUUAGGUAGUAGUCGAACUACUGAAGCUACGCCUCAACAGGUGUCUGAGAGUCUUUUCCUCGUCGAGGCAUGGCUUGACUCGGUGACUUCAGCGGAAAGGGCAAAGGGGUUCUUGUCUUACUUGCCAUCUGCCGCGCCGGGCACAAAGCCCAUGACAUUGGCUCAAAAGAUCUUUGCACAGCACGUCAUUGGUGACAAGCCGGCACAGGGGCUCGUAGCAGGUGAUGUGGUGAGAGUCGGUGUGGACUGGAUCCUGGCAUCUGAACUAUCAUGGGCGGCAAUGGACAGAACACACAAGGAAAUGGGAUCUCCCGGGAUCUGGCGAAACGACAGGUUCUGGCUGGCCGGCGACCACGUCUACCACCCCGCCGUCUCGACCAAUCCCAAGAUCCAAAAGUUGCUCCAGGUGGCGGAGGCGGCUAAAAAUGAAUUCAAAAUGACAGAGUACCAAGGCAUGAAUUACACCAUCAUGCAUACCGAGUUUGUGCGGGAACGAGUGGAACCCGGCAUGCUCGCCAUCGGGUCCGAUUCGCACACCUGCUCAGGCGGAGCGGUCGGGUCUUUGUCGCUCGGUUUGGGCACGGCGGACGUUAUGAUGGCUCUGGCGCUUGGCGAGACGUGGUUCAAGAUUCCCGAGUCCAUCCUCAUUGAACUGGUCGGUGAACCAGCGGUCGGCAUGUCCGGCAAGGACGUUAUUCUUCACAUACUCGGAGAGCUCAAACGCAACACAGUCGCCGCGGAACGCAUCGUCGAGUUCAGCGGCGAUGGACUCAGACACCUGUCCUGUGACGCCCGCUUCGCCAUCUGCAACAUGUGUACCGAGUUCGGCGCCAUCACGGGCAUUUUUGUGCCUGAUAGUAUCACGAGAGACUACGUCGCCAAGAGGAGACGAAAGACAAACCGCCAGAAUUCGUUGUAUUUCCGACCCGACGCCGACGCGAUCUAUGCGGGGAAGUACACGUUUGAUCUGUCCAAGGUCGAAGCUUCGGUGGCUGUCUAUCCCAAUCCGGACGACGUAGUGCCCGUGUCCGCAAAGGCUGGUCUACCACUCGACGGUGUCUUUAUUGGAGCGUGCACGACCACCGAGGAAGAAUUGGUUCUCGCCGCGCUAGUGUUAAAGGUCGGCCUGGCCAAGGGCUUCCCCAUCGCCAAGGGCCAACGACAUUAUGUCCCUGGGUCGUUACCGGUCGUUGAGAAACUAAAGGAACUAAAACUCCUAGAAGUCUAUGAGGCAGCCGGGUUCACACGUGGGCCUCCCGGAUGUUCGUUCUGCGUCGGUCUAUCCGCAGAGAAAGCCAGCGAGGGCGAGACGUGGCUAAGUUCUCAGAAUCGCAAUUUUCAGAAUCGCAUGGGUAAAGGUGCAUUCGGCCACGUUACGUCAGCCAUCGUAUGUGCGGCUUCGAGUUUCAGCAUGACGAUCACGAGUCCGGCGGAAUUUCUCAAAGAGAUUGACAUGGACUUUUUCGCGAAAUACAGCCCCCUGCAGCACAUCAGCUACACAUCUGUCGAAUAUGUGGAGCCCGACUUGACUUCGAGAACCGACACGUUAUCUCAGAGAGGUGCCGCGACGACGACCAAAGAAUCUGAGGCGGUUGAAGAGGGCACGGUCAAGAAGUUGGACAAGAUAUCCAGCAAGAUCGUGACUCUAGGUGACUUUAUCGAUACAGAUGCGCUGGCUCCUGGGCCGACGCUAACGACGUGCGUCACCGACGAAGAAUUCGGUGAACAUGUUCUCGAGUAUACCCAUCCAGACUUCCGAUCCAAAGUCCGUGGUGGCCAGCAGAUCGUCGUGGCAGGACAUGCUUUUGGCGUGGGGUCAAGUCGUGAAGUGGCUGUCUCGGCUUUAAAAGGUGUUGGUGUCCAAGCCGUCAUUGCCCGUUCCUUCGCAUUCAUUUAUGGUCGAAACCAGCCUAGUCUGGGCCUUCUCGGGGUCACCAUUUCAGAUGACGCAUUUUUCCAAGCUGCCAAAGAGGGCGAAGACAUCACUUUGGAUAUUCCAAGCAGAACCGCAACGGUGGCCGGUCAUGCUUACCCUUUUGCUCUUUCCGACAUGGAGUAUAACCUUACUGUCAACAACGGCAUGACCGACUCGUACAAGAAGUUUGGAAAGGCUAUCUGGGAGAACUUUACGCAGAGCAAGACGGAACGGACUUCUGUUCUGAAUGUCUUGCAGGAUGAGGGGGGCGGCAAGAAUCAGACGAAGAUGGAUUGGUGAUGAUU